UGUAAAUCUGCCAUUAAACUUCUUGUUGGGUUGGCCCAUUUCAUCUCAUCCAGUUCAUCCAGUCGAUGUAUCGUCAUCAAGGUAUAAUAGUAGCAAUCCAAGUACAAAUCGAGGAAAAUUGCGAACAGAGCUAAAAUGGCGCUCUUGUCUACUCCUGGUACAUCGUUAAAACCCUUAAACCCUUUGAUUGUUCUAAAUAAUUCGACCCCGAAGUUCUUCGCGUUCAUGCAUCGGCCAGUUGUCCCAAAAUCUAUUAACAGCAACAGCAUAACAAGAAAUGGCAGAACCCAAAAGACGCCGUUUUUCUCUCGGUGUACAAUCUCCAACUGGCCCGCAUUAGCCGAGACCGAGCACGAAACCGAAGAAGAUUUCAAGUCAUCCGACGAAGUUUCAGAAAGUGAAGACGGCCCGGCGGCGCCCGCGGCGGGAAUCGGGCAGACGCCGCCGCCGCCGGUGAGGCAGAAGCGGCGGCGCUACAGGAAGGCUUACCCCGGAGAGAAAGAGGGUAUCACGGAGGAGAUGAGGUUCGUAGCGAUGAGACUGAGGAACAGUGGAAAAUCCAAGUGUCAGGCUAACUCCGAUGGCUUGGAGAGUGAGAAAAAGGAAGUGGAUAGUGAUGCAGAGGAGAAGGAUGGUGGAGAUGGAGAUGAGUGGCAGCCGAGCAUGGAAGGAUUCUUGAAGUAUUUGGUGGAUAGCGAGCUGGUUUUCAGAACGGUUGAAAGCAUUGUUGAUGAAUCCACUGAUGUUUCUUAUGUUUACUUCAGAAAGACGGGAUUAGAAAGGUCUGGUUGCAUUAUGAAUGAUUUAGAAUGGUUAAGGGAGCAAGGUAAUGUGAUUCCAGAGCCUAGCAACCCUGGCAUCAAGUACGUGCAAUAUCUAAAGGAACUUGCUGAAAAUAGCCCGCCAUUGUUCCUUUCUCAUUUUUACAAUAUUUAUUUCUCCCACAUAGCUGGAGGACAAGUGAUAGCUAAAAAGGUCUCGAGUAAGCUAUUGGAAGGGAGAGAAUUGGAAUUCUAUAAAUGGGAAGGAGAUGCUGAACAAUUGCUGAGGGGUGUUCGCGAGAAACUUAAUGCACUUGGAGAGGCAAGCACACCAAUUCCGUCUAUGCAAUUGAUGCAGAACAUGAGGUUGAAUCGAGAUUAGGGCAGAAUUGUUCAUGAACUUUUGUCUUAGGUAAAGAACAGCUUAACAGAAGUAAGCAGAAAAUCGAUAGUUAACAAAAAUCCUUAGGAACAUUCAGCCAAUUGUGAGUCGAAGAACAUUUUCAAGGAUUGUAAUGUAGGAAUACCUUUUGCAAGAAUGUAUUUGAGAUUAUAAUGGUUACGAAAGGUUUGAUCCGUGAAGUAAACAAAACGAAAAAAAUGUGUCCGUUUAUUCACGACAAUAGGUGUAUCGAGCAUUUUAUCUUUCUCAAAGAUAUUAUGUAUUUUGCAAGUGUAAUCUAACUGACUUUGCUUCAACUUGUAUGAUAUUUGAAUGAAAUGCAUGGUCAUUUGAAUUAGAAUUCCC